AUGGAAGGAGAAGCUGUCGCCGCCGUCAUUAAAGUUUUAGUUCAAAACCUCAUCGACCAUUCCAAGACAGAGAUCUCACUAAUCCGAGGUCUCGACAAAGAAGCAGCAAAGCUAGCUGGGAGUUUAGAAACGAUCCAGCUAUAUUUGAACGAUGCUGAGAGCCGUACCAUUCCCGGUGGGGCAGUCAAAAGCUGGCUGAGGAAGCUUGAAGAUGUUGCGUUUGAUGCUGACACCGUUUUGGAUGAACUCAACUAUCAUCUUCUCUCCAAACAAAUCAAGUCCAUCAAGCCCAUGAAAGAAAAGGUACUCUCAUGCUUCUCAUCCUCGAGUCAUAUUGGGUAUCCAAGAAAAAUAGCUCUUAAAAUCCAAGAAAUCAAUGAGAAUUUAGAGGCCAUUUACAAAGAGGGAGCCGGGCUUGGCCUGAAAGAAAGGCUUGCCACCAACGCGCCAACUUUGCCUACUUUUGAAACUGACUCAUUCACUCUUGAUCCAAUUUUCAUUGGAAGAGAUGAGUUGGUGUCGGAAAUAGUUGAGGUUAUUAACACUAGUACCACAACUGAUGAAUGUGUAGUUUCUAUCUUUGCCAUUGUUGGUAUGGGAGGAAUGGGGAAGACAACCUUGACUAGGAAUGUCUUUCAUCAUCCAAAGAUAAAAACUCUCUUUAGAUCACAUAUUUGGUUGCAUGUUUCUCAAAUUUUUGAUCCAAUCAUUCUUUUCAAGAAAAUCCUCAAAUGCUUAACUUCUACUGAUAAAGUUGAAGUUGAGAAUACGUUAUCAAAAGCAGAGACUUACAACGUUGACUUGCAAUUACCUGAGAGUUACGUCGGUAUAAUCGGAAACAAUGGUGGAGACGGAGUUUUGAUGACAGAGUUGCCUUAUCUGCUCUCUCUUCACCACUGCUGUCACCAGCCUCUCCCAGUUGUCCCGAGACGACGAAUAUGA